AUGCCGCCGAGACCCCCAAAUUCUAACAAUACAUUUGCCAUCACGUUUGACGCCGCAGAAGUUGCGGGCAAUAUGUACUACUUCUCCUUGGUCAGUCUCUUCCCAGAAACCUUCAACGGCCGCGCCAACUGCAUUCGGCGUGAUCUGGGUCAGACAAUUGUGGAUCUAGGAACAAAGAUUCUGCGCUUCCCUGGAGGCAAUAAUCUCCAAGGCCUGAGUGUUGACCAGCGUUGGAAAUGGAACGAAACAAUUGGACCCUUGAAAGUUCGCAAAGGCCGUAUUAGAAACUGGGGAUAUAUGAACACUGAUGGUCUGGGGCUGUUGGAGUACCUGCAAUUCUGCGAGGAUGGCGGUAUUGAGCCUGUCCUUGCCGUGUACGCCGGCUUUUCUCUGGAUAUAUGGGGCCGAGACGGCGUCUCCUUUCCGGAGGACCGUAUGGGGACGUGCUCGAGGACAUCCUCAACGAACUCGAAUACGUCACUGGAGACAGGGAUACACCAUAUGGCGCUCUACGUGCUUCCCAUGGCCGCGCUGAACCUUCAAAGUCAACUAUAUCGAGAUCGGAAAUGA